AUGAAGCCCGUCAUCCCAGGCGUCCUACUCACUGCGCUGGUAGUAGUAAACGCCUACUACACCAUGUCAGUCUACGCCCCGUCAAUCGAAGAGAUCCACGCUCGAGUCAUCAACGCACGCGACAAGGCUUUUAUAAUCGGCGCCUCGGCGCCAGGAACCUUUUGUGGCCUCGACAACACCACCGAAUGUCCCGAUGGCACUUCGACACAGGUUGACGAGAGAAUGACAGCCCUCGCUGCUGCAGUGCCUGGUGGCCAGUUCAUCUUCGUUGCUCCCGACGGCACAAUCUCGUACCCUUCCGCCCACUCGGCCCUCCGACCUCCAGGCUCCAAAGUCGGCGGCUUCCAAGCCUCGCAGAUCAUUUCGGAGUGUAAGAUGCCCAUCAAAGUUCUGGUCUGGCUACCCGAGGAUGGAAACCGGGGCAUGUGGGCAUGUCCAACUUCUCUCAACAUGCCGAUGGCAGACGAGGCGGUACUCAAAGCGACAACGGGAGAGUUCAAAGGGAAGGGGUGUUUGAAGGUCGACGGGGUGCAGAUUCAGAUGGCAGGGGACAAUUAUGCGGCUUGGGCGUAUACGUGA